CUAUAGAUUUCAAUAUAAAAAUUAUUCCAAGCAGGGGAGAAAAGACGGGACGUAUAAAAAGACUUUUUUUUUACACCCAUUAUAUGUCACAGAAGGAAAGAAUCACAGAUGCGCGCGCGCUAGAGAGCGAAAUAAAGUGCAAAGAGCAAUAUACACACAUAUAUAUAUGCAGUACCGCUAUACACACACAAACACACAGCACCAUUCAUUGCGGUGGCAUAGGUAACCUUGAAAAGGCCACCCUCGAAGCGCAACUACACUUCGGUCCCGUGAAUCCGCCGGAGAGUUUGCUGUCAGUCGCCAGCUUUGAAAAAGAAGAAGAAGAAGAGAAAGAAGAAGAGGAAGAGAACAAAAGGAAUCGAGGCAAAAUCCCAAAUAACACCUUCAAUAAUACAUACAAGGAGAAACGGUGAGAGAGAAAGCAAAUAGAAUGAAAAGAAUGUGUGGUUGAUCAUCGGAUCAUCUUUGUCGCCCACGAAAUGUCACCCUAAGGACGAGCACGAGCGGUGACACUCUCGGCGGGAGGUGCUGUUGACGGCUCGGCGCGGGUCUUAUUUAGGUUAUACCUCGUAACUGUGCGCGCGGCUUUCUCUUCGUACGAACGACGAUGCCGUCCAGGAGGCGCUGAACGGCGAAUGCCGUUCUAGGCAUCGUCAGGGGAUUUGUAAUUGUUUUGUUACUCGAGCGCGAGCGAGAAUGGUGCAACGCCCGGUCGCGCCCAGGCGCAACGUCAGGAUACUGCUGAUCGGCGAACGCGGCGUCGGCAAGACCUCCCUGAUCCUGUCCCUGGUCAGCGAGGAGUACGCGGAGGAGGUGCCCAGCAAGGCCGAGGAGAUCACGAUACCGGCAGACGUCACCCCGGAACAGGUGCCGACCCACAUAGUCGACUAUUCAGCGGUGGAGCAGACAGACGAUCAGCUAGCAGAAGAGAUUCAGAAGGCGCAUGUGAUAUGUGUGGUUUAUUCGGUGGAAGAUGAAGAUACUCUGGACAGAGCUGCUAGCUAUUGGUUACCAUUGAUCAGAAGGUGCUCGCCUGACAAUCGAUGCCCAGUUGUACUCGUAGGGAAUAAAAUCGAUCUCGUAGAUUAUUCUACUAUAGAGGCUGUAUAUCCCAUUAUGAAGGAGUUUACAGAGAUUGAGAGUUGCAUAGAGUGCUCGGCGAAAACACUUCAGAAUGUUUCGGAAACGUUUUAUUACGCGCAAAAGGCAGUUUUGCAUCCUACGACACCUUUAUACAAUUAUGACACACAGGAGCUCACCGAGGAAUGCAAAACUGCUCUAAAGCGAAUUUUUAAAAUAUGCGAUGUUGAUAACGAUGGACUUUUAAACGAUAUGGAAUUGAACGCGUUUCAACAAUGGUGCUUCAACACACCAUUACAACCGCAAGUGCUGGAGGAUGUGAAAGCUGUGCUAUCAAAAAAUAUUUGCGACGGUAUAUGUAAUGGAUGUGUCACAAUGAAAGGUUUUAUGUAUUUACAAUGUUUAUUCAUACAACGUGGAAGGAACGAAACUACUUGGGCCGUGUUGCGAAAGUUUGGCUAUGAUAAUGAGCUGCAAAUGUCAAAAGAUUAUAUUCACCCUCCAUUAAAAGUCCCACUUGGCUGCACCACCGAAUUAUCGCACAAGGGACAGGAGUUUUUGACGUUACUGUUUAUGCAACAUGAUCGCGAUCGCGAUGGAGCUCUCUCACCCUUAGAAAUGGAAUCGCUGUUCUCGCGAUGUCUCGUACCGCCAUGGGGUGACGAGUACAAGUACACCGUACCCACGAACGAGAAGGGAUGGAUUACGUUCCAAGGCUACAUGUGCCAAUGGGCACUGCUGACACUGACAAACGUGCGCAAAACCUUGGAAUAUAUGGCGUAUUUGGGUUACAAUAUGUACCAUAACGAGCCCCAAACGAGCGCGAUAAUCGUAACUCGUGAGAAGAAAGUAGAUCUAGCAAAGAAACAAUCUAGCAGAAACGUCUACACCUGUCACGUGAUAGGUCCCAAGAGUAGUGGAAAGACUACUUUGUGCAGGACCUUUAUCGAUCCUAAACUUGAGAAAUUGAAUGAUGAGACGGUACCGUCAAACGCCCAUGUGACCGUGAACACUCUGCACGUGUACGGACAGGAGAAGACGAUGGUGCUGAAAGAUAUAAAUGUGCUAAAUGUACAGGACGCCUUAACGCCGGCGGAGAUACAGUGCGACGCCGCCGCUCUCGUUUAUGACGCCAGUAAUCCGAAAUCAUUCGAAUACAUAGCGCGUAUUUACAUCAAGUACUUCGCCGAUAGCAAAAUUCCCGUUCUGAUAGUAGCGAACAAAAGUGACCUUUCCGAGGUGAAACAGGGAUAUCUGCUGCAACCGACCGCGUUUUGCAGCAAGUACAAACUGAUGCCGCCGCAGCCGUACAGUAUUUCACGUACGGUGCGACGUGAGAUUUUUGUCAAGCUAGCUACAAUGGCAGCUUUCCCCCGCUUUCAAGGAGCAUGGGUAUUAUUUUACAGAGACAGCCAUUUGAGGCGUAUGGUCCACAUGUUGCUUGUCGAAACCUCACCCUCUCAGUGGUGGAGUUCUUUCACAAGACACAUAAACCAGUUCGGCCUAAUGCAAGGGGACUCCCUGGUGUGGUGGAAAGCAGGCCUCGGCAUCGCGGUCGCCACAGUCGCCGGUUACGUGAUGAUGCGUGUACUGAACACGGAGAAGAGAUAGUCUACCAUAUUCUCUCGUGCUACUUGUGCGUGUUUAACUGCCUCCUAAUGUCGAAUAAAGAAAGAGAAAUCUGUUAUUAUAUAUAAUAAUAAUCGCGUUAUACAUAUAGGUUGAAUGGUACAUAUUAUAUAUAUAUAUAUAUUCAUAAAUCACACACUAAUUUUCGAAAUAUACAAAGCUAAGUAUUAGAGAGAGAAAGAAUUUAUGAAAAAAGAAGUGCAAAUACUUUGUGUAGUCGAGGUACGCUUAUACCUUACUCUGGUCAGAAUACCCAAGUUUUUAUUCGCUAUUUUUUUCUCUUCCGACAUGUAUCAUCUUGUAAGAAGUAUUUUCACCUUAUAAUAAUAUAAAUUAUUGUUUAAUGUAUUGUAAUAUAUAAAGUAAGAAAGAAAAGUGCGAUCUGUGUAUUUGAUGUCAGUCUUUAUUUUGCUUUGUUUAGCGCGUUUUAAUCUUCGAAAGAAAAAAAGUCAUACAUUAAAUUUUUAUAAUU